AUGAGUUUCCAAUUUAACCUCAACAGCAACUCUAGCGCUAACUUCGGAGGAAACUCUCCAUUUGGCAGUGCGAGCGCGCCGACAAAAGAUCAAAACUCCCAAAGCUCAGGCUUCUCAGGCUUUUCCUCUAAUCCUAGUACUAAUGCGCAACAAACGAGCGGAAACACCCCUGGGUUUGGUGCAUCUCAAGGGCAACAAGGCAGUCUUUUUGGGAAACCAUUGGGUGGUACUACUCCCGCAUUCGGUUCCUCGAGCGCGCCAAAACCUUUUGGGUCUCUUGGCGGCUCUUCCCCGUUUGGGGCUCAACCUGCCACUACCACCCCGGCAAAUGAGAAUGAUAAAAAAGAGUCCCAGUCCACAGGAUUCAACCUCGGAGGCAACACAGCCAGUGCUAAUAACGCUAAGCCAACUGCUCCUUUCUCUUUCGGAACUACACCUGCUGCGACUGGUAAAGACGAUAAACCUUUAUUUGGUGGUGCUAGUAGCGCAUCGCCCUUCCAAUUUGGAGCGGCAUCCAAUCAAGGAACCUCAGCACCAGCUCAGAGUUCCACCAAUAAACCAACGCUAAAUUUUGGAAGCUCAAGUAAUUCAAAGCCCGCGUUUAGUUUCGGCGCAGCUAGCGCUAGCGACGCCAAGAGCGGAUUAGGGGACACAACUAAAACUUUAGAAAGCGCAGCACAAACAUCAUCUGCUGGUUCAAAAUCUCCUUUCACGUUUGGCGCUAGUACAGCAAAAAGUACAGAAACAAAUGCUUCUUCGGGACCGGGUACGUCCACGGUUGAGAAAAAGGAUGACGCUAAGCCGGCAUUUAGCUUCGGCGGUACUUCAGGUACCAAUACUGCGGCUCCUAAGUCCUCUCCCUCCCUAAACUUUGGCGGCUCUGCUGCAAACAAGAAAGAAGAAUCAAAACCAGCAUUCAGUUUUGGCACUGCCGCGUCUGAAAAGAAAGAAGAACCAAUGCCGGCUUUUAGCUUCGGUGGGACUUCGAGCACUACUAAAGAGGAUUCCAAGCCUGCAUUUUCUUUCGGAGGAGCGCCCAGCGACAAAAAAGAGGAUUCGAAACCAGCUUUUAGCUUUGGCGAGGCUGCAAACAACAAAAAAGAAGAUCCAAAACCUGCUUUCAGCUUCGGAGCUACCGCCUCCGACAAGAAAGAAAACCCAAAACCGGCACUUAGCUUCGGGGGGGCCACAGCAGACAAGACCGAAGCGUCGAAACCAGAAUUAAGUUUGGGGGGGACCACAACCAACAAGAAUGAAGUUUCCAAACCAGCCUUCAGCUUGGGGACUGCUUCUUCCGAUAUAAAGGAGGACCCAAAACCGGCUUUCAGUUUCGGUACAGCUAAUAAUGACAAAAAAGAAGAAGCCAAACCAGCGUUCAAGCUCGGCGGUCUCGGGGAAAAAAAGGACGAACCAAAAUCGACAUUCGCAUUUGGCGCCCCUGGCGAGAAGAGCGCCGAUAAACCAGUAUCGUCCAAGCCUGAGACUAACGACGGAAAUGCGAGCUCAAAGCCAUCGCUCGGUUUUCUUGCCGGAUCGGAGAAUAAGAGCGGUGGAAAGCCUGCCUUCAGUUUUGGAAAAUCGGCUGAAAGCACGAAUGCUUCUGACAAAAGGGUUGGUUUUGGAAAUAGCUCAGAACAAGGAAACAAGUUGGGCGCAGGGACUUCUGAAGCUAGCAAGGGCUCCUUUAACUUUGGCGGUUUAGGCGCGCAGCAGCAAAAAAGUGAUGCAAACAAGGGAGGAUCUUUGUCCUUCGGAGCCAAAGAUCCUAAGCAAGACAAAGAAAACAAAUCUUUUGGCUUCUCCAAUAGUUCGGGCACAGGUUCUGACUCCAAACCUAGUGCGACUGGCUUCUCGUUUGGUCAAAACAAAGAGUCUGCAACAUCAUCAAAGCCUAGCGGUUUUUCAUUUGGUGCAAAAGACAAAGACAAAGAAGAAAAGGACGCACCCAAGACGACACUAAGCUUUAGGAAAGACACUGACGGAUCCUCCACGUCAAAACCAUCCAAUUUUGGCUUUGGGUCUAAAAAGGAGGCCGAAAAAAAGGAUGGCACUCAACGUGAGGCUGCGCCCUCAAGCACGGGCACAGAAGCUCAAAAGCCAAUCGAGAUUCAACCCGUGUCUUUGGAUAACAAAACUCUUGACGAUCUUGUCACAAAAUGGACAUCUCAGCUAGGAGGAUCUGUGGACCACUUUGCCACAUAUGCGGAUAAAGUUAAAGAGUGGGAUCAAGUGUUGAUGCUUGGCGGCGAACAAAUUGGUCAACUUUACUCGGACGCUCUUGUGGCGGAACAGACACAGAACAGGGUUGACCAGUCGCUACAGUACAUCGAAAGACAACAAAGUGAAUUGGAAACGUUUUUGGAUAACUAUGAAAAGAAAGCAGAGGGCCUGCUAUCAGGUGUACUGUCGAACUCUAACGGAUCGACUGGCAACAUUAAUGACCAGAAAAGGCAACAAGCUUACCAAACAGCAGAAAUACUGGACGACAAUUUAAACUCAUUGUCCAUGAACCUUUCAGCACUGAUUUCAGAGAUUAACCAGGUGAGCGAUACUUUCAAUAAGGCUACAAACAUGAGCGUUACCAAUGAAGACGAAAACACACAACUCAUUAAAUUAUUGAACUCUCAUCUUGACGCAUUGAAAUCCCUUGACAAUAGUUCUGACUUGUUAGAACAAAAACUUACAAAGCUUUAA